AUGGCUAAUAAAGAGACUGAAAGACAACAAAGUUUACCUAAUUUCAAGAUGUCAGUCAACAGUCGAUAUGCCAAAAUGCGACAUAAUUGUGAAUUGACAUUAAAAUACGACUCCGUCAUCGAUAAAUGUGAUGAAUUAACCACCAUUCCAAUAUUCACAUACGACUUUUUAUCAAUCAGCGACAUUGCAGCAAAAGAAGUUGGAACUUUCAUCAAUGUUAUUGCAAUUUGCAAAGAAGCAACUGAAAAAAACCCGAAUACGAUCUUUUCAAAAAAUUCGCCGGGUUUCGAAUUUAAAUCUUUUAUGAAAUGA